AUGUUCUUUUUGUCCAUUUUUUCUUUCUUUCUGUUGCUGUUGCAGAAUGUUAAGUUUAUUAUUAAUACUGACUACUUUUACUCAGCAAACGCCCCCUGUGUAACGGAUAACCACGGAUUAUUUCCCCUCAUUUGGGGGCAGCAGCGCACAACUGGCCCCUGGCGGCAUCGCAUUCAGUGGGAGAACAACGGGCAAGUUUACAAUUUAUUGAGCACUGGAUCAGAGUAUCAGGCCCCGAUUCAGUCCAGAAGCCAGUCGAAGGUGAGCAGUAGGAAGGAUGGCACCAUUAGUCAUAUGCCGGGGGCGCUUGGAAGAGCCAGAGAGGCCGAGUCCAGCCACUUAAGAACUGAUCAACGAGUAGAGCAACGAUCUUCUGCACUUGGACAAAAUAUUGGACAAUAUGUAUCCGUUAUUAAUGGUCCGUUGUCAGGUGCCAGACAGCGGCCUGAAAGCCCUUAUGGCACAGGAGUUAUGGGCUAUCCAGGUGCGCAGCGCUUUGAUGCUGAAUACAUCAAUGCCUCUUCACCGGGGAGUUCACCAGGCUUUAUAAGCAGGAGAGAAGGUGUGGAUAAUACUGCGCUGUACACCAGAGGAGGGGAUCCAGUCCCUGGUGUGCAAAACCAGCAAAUGCGCACUGUUCCAGAAGCGUUGCCGGUCUCCAGGCAACCUGCGCAUACGGAUCAGUCUAUCACGGCUCAUCCCUCGGGUCUGGAAACUGAGUCGGAUAAUCCAGCUACGUUUCCUACAGCAAGCGUGGAUGCUUCAAACGAGGCCACCGUUGAUGGAGAUGGCAUGGUUAACGACGACCCUCGAAACCCAUUAAAAAACCACAGGAACUCGGUUUUUUACAACAUGCAUCCCACAAGAAGCAGGCAAGUGGCCCGCCCGCACCGUCUGCCUGGCACAGGGUAUGGAACAAGAUAUUUCCAAAAUGGACUACCAGACCUUGUGCCAGACCCAUAUGCCAUCCAGGCAGGUGCUUAUAUCCAGCGCAUGCAAAUGUAUGCGCUCCGCUGUGCGGCUGAGGAGAACUGUCUGGCCAGGUCGGCUUAUGCACCCACUGUGCGAGACAUCGACUUCAGAAUCCUGCUGCGAUUUCCACAGAAGGUGAAGAACCAAGGAACCGCUGACUUCCUUCCUUUCAAGCCCAGAUAUCAGUGGGACUGGCACAGCUGUCACCAGCACUACCACAGUAUGGAUGCCUUCAGUAACUACGACCUGCUGGACACCAUUACGGGACGUAAAGUUGCUGAGGGACACAAGGCAAGUUUCUGUCUAGAGGAUACGGGCUGUGACCCUGGAUUCAGGCGGCGCUACGCUUGUACAUCCCAUACACAGGGACUGAGCCCAGGGUGUCAUGACACCUAUGCUGCCAACAUAGACUGUCAGUGGAUUGACAUCACUAAUGUGCCUCCAGGAAACUACAUCUUGAAGGUUACAGUCAAUCCUAAUUUCCACGUCCUGGAGUCAGACUUUACCAACAAUAUUGUGAGAUGUGAUAUAAUUUACACAGGAAUUUAUGUUCAGACACGCAACUGUCGAAUAACAAGGGGUUGAAAUCUUCAUUUCCCUGUAUCUCCAACUGCACUGAAUAUCAAAACACUAACAAAAAGUGCAGCAGGUAAAGUUUGCAUUACAAGUGUAUUUCCUGCAGUUAAGGUUCAAGUCAAAUUCAUUGGUAGUGAAUACAAAAUCAGUGUAAAACAAUCCUGUAAAUGAAACUAGUAACUAAUUAUGUA